UCUAGGAAUCAGCCAGAUUCAGUUUUUAUUCAGCAGCUGCCUUGAUAAGUCGGUUUUCGGUCUUCAGAAGCGAGUCUUAGUAUUACCGGUGGAUACAAUAUAUUGAAGUAUUUCAAUCAAAGUGAAUACCAAAGUGCAAAUGCGGGUUUCUUUGUUAAUAGUGUGCCUGAUAGUGCACUGCUACGCAGAUGAUGCAUCGUCGAACAGCAUCAAACCAUCAGGUUCGCAGACGUGGAUUGAUAAGCUGAAGAAUGAUUUGUUCGUCAAUUAUGAUCGCAACCUACGGCCUGCUGAAUAUUACAAUGUCACCAACCUGGAUAUUGGGUUGACUAUCUGGCAUGUGGAUAUUGAUGAGGAAAAAUCCAUCCUUUCCCUAUACGGAUGGGUAAAAAUGACUUGGAACGAUGACAAACUGAAGUGGAAUCCGUCCGACUAUGGAAAUGUCGAGCAGUUCCGGUACACUCCAGAGAACGUGUGGAAACCGGAUGUGGUUCUCUACAACAACGCCCGAGGUGCGGACAAUCUACACUACGGCAACACGAAUGUCAUCAUAUACAACUCUGGUAAAGUUUUGUGGGUGCCUCCGACCGAUUUCCACAGUUUCUGCGAGCUGAAUCUCCGAUUCUGGCCUUUCGAUUACCAGAGGUGCUUUUUGAAAAUCGGUUCGUGGACGUACGAUGAGUUACAUCUUAACAUGACGACCACCGAAGUGAAUCCGGAGAUAUUGUGGCUGGUCCCGAACCAUAAGUGGAGUAUCCGGAAGGUCACAGUUGAACGCCAUGUUAAGAAGUACGAAUGCUGCAAGGAACCGUACGUCGAUAUCCAGUACAACGUCACUCUUCAGCGACAUUCAGCAACCCACAAGGCCAUUGUCGUGAGCCCAGCUUUCGUUAUUAUGCUAAUGGCUCUAUCUGUAUUUUGGCUGCCACCGCAAUGUGGCGAAAAGAUUGUCCUGAAUGGAAUAAUAGCGCUGAUUAUAACAAUAUUCCUCAUCUACUUUGCUCAGCAAUUGCCAGCGAUGUCGGGAAAUCCGCCUCUAAUUGUAACCUUCUACAGCACCACAUUUUACUUGGUUGCCAUCAGUACGAUUCUGUCGGUAAUUGCACUGCGUAUGACUCGCAACAAGCACUGCCGUGCAGUACCACGACCACUCAAGGGUCAAUUGGACGGAUGUCUCGGGUCUGUACUAGGCGUUGGCAACACCAGCCAGUUGGACGACGAAAAGGAAACCGUCGGUGAAGAAGUAUCCGUAAACUCGAAGCAACGUGACUGGUGCCGACUGGCAACACUACUGGACCGACUGGCAUUUGUGGUCUAUUUGAUAGUAUUUGUUGCUUCAAUCAUUUAUUUCACCUUAUAGUCUAAGAUAUGAUUUGUCUUCAAGUUCCAGUGUUUAAAGCAAAGCAGGUUUCUGUAACGUCAAUUAUUAGCACGAUGAUAUGCUUUUGUUAAAAAAAAGCUUUUCGA